AACGACUACGAACGCCGUCGCAAAUUCAAGCCACCCAGUCAUCACAUUACCGCGAUCAAGGAUCCAGGUCGUGACUGGAAUCUAACGCAGCACCUUCAACAACACAACACUCCACCAACCCGACAACAUGUCUUACAACAAGCCCGAGAAGGACUUUGGCGAGGGUCCCAAGAUCCACAAGAUCCGCAUCACCCUCACCUCGCGCAACGUCAAGUCCCUCGAGAAGGUCUGCCAGGAGCUCAUCGAUCGUGCCAAGACCAAGGAGCUCCGCGUCAAGGGCCCCGUCCGCCUGCCCACCAAGCACCUCAAGAUCACCACCCGCAAGACCCCUUGCGGUGAGGGUUCCAAGACUUGGGACACAUACGAGAUGCGCAUCCACAAGCGCCUCAUCGACCUCCACGCUCCCACUGAGGUCGUCAAGCAGAUCAUCAUCAACAUCGAGGCCGGUGUCGAGGUUGAGGUUACCAUCGCCGCAUAAGGGCUUGGCUUAGACAAGGAAAUGGAGAGUGUCAAGGGCUGACAGAAAUGUGGCCGGGCAUCUCUAGUAGUUGGCAAUACGCUACGAUGAAUUAAUACGAAAUUCUCGAUCUAUGGAAAUGCUUG